AUGGCGCGCUCCAGCAUCGGCCUGCGGGCGCUCGAAUUUUUCAACCGCCUGGUCAUAUUCCUCUGCUCCAUUGUCGUCCUCGGCAUCUUCGCCUACUUCCUCGCCAAGCUGCGCAGCGCCAACCUCUAUGUCCCGACUUGGACCCGUGCCGUCACGGGUCUGGCUGGCUCAGCAGCGCUUUACUCUCUCAUCUGCCUCCUACUGCUGUGGUGCGUCGGCGGCCACCCGGUGGCUUUUGCCCUGGCCCUUAUCUUGGACAUUUGCUUCAUCGCCAGCUUCGUCUACAUUGCCGUCGCCAACCGCGGCGGCGCCGGCAGCUGCAAUGGCAGAAACAUUCGCACACCUUUUGGCUACGGAAACGCCGACGUCAACCGCAUCAACAACCAAAAUGGCGUCUCCGUCAACAUCCCUACCUUCCGUGUCUCGUGCCGCCUCGAGAAAGCCUGUCUGGCGGUGUCCAUCGUCGCCAUUGCUUUCUUGCUCUUCACCUUGAUUAGCGGUUUCUUGCUCUUCCGCAGCCACCGCCGUGAAAAGAAGUUUGGCCCUGGCCCGAACAACAACUACACUUCGGGUAGUGGCCGCCGCAAGGGUCUCUUUGGCAAGAAGCGCAAGACCGAAAACGGCCGGGGCGACGGCUACCAAGAUCCCAACGCGCUGCCUGCGCACGCGGAGCCGGGCCAGAUGCGCGAGAGCUACGCUACCGAGACGACAGCUGUUGGCCACCACGGAUACGGCGACAACGGCGUUAUCGAUCCUAACAAGCCCCAGGAGUACAACACCAACCGUGCUUACGGCAAGAAGGACUUGGAAACCGGCGCGGCGUUGGGUGGCGCCGCUGCCGUCGGCUCAGGCCUCGCCAACAGGACCAUGCGCAGUGGCAAAAACACCGAGCCAGCGUCCCGUGGUGCCAACUACGCUGAACCUACCGCCCGCAACGACAACUACGUAGACCCUGUUGCUACCGGCCGCUCGGGCGUGGACCCCAACCUUCAGAGCAGCGUGGACCCUAGCUACCUCCGCGACGGCAGCGGCGGCAUCGCCGAGGCACCUGCGAACGAGGUCCCCUCCGUCCGUGGCACCGGUGUUGACAACUACGACAACAUCCGCACCACCGCUGCUGACCAUACGAACAAGGCAUACAACACGGCCCGUACCACUGGCACCACUGGCACGUCCGGCGGUACUUCGGCUCUCCGUGGUACUCAAGUCGGCGACUAUGCUGCCGACAACUAUACCAACGUCCGUGGCCAAACUCCCCAAGUCUCCUCUCUGGGAGGCACGGGUGUUGGUUCUGCUGCCGUAGCCGGCGCUGCUACGGGCGCUGCCACCGGCGCUGUCACUUCGCGCGCUGCUCACCCUGGCUCUACUGUCCAUAAUACCGGCACCGACAACUACAAUACUCGUGGUACCGGCACCGGUACCGAUAAUUACACUAACACUCGUGGUACCGGCACCGAUAAUUACGCCAACGCCCGUGGCACCGGUACCGACAACUAUACUAACGCUCGCGGCACCGGCACCGACAACUAUACUAAUGCUCGUAACGCCGGCACCGAUAACUACAACACUCGUGGCACCGGCACAGACAACUAUACCGACGCUCGUGGCCAGGCUCCUUACGUUCCCUCUGCAGGAGGCGCGGGCAUUGGUUCUAAUACCGUAACUGGCGCUACUACAGGCGCUGCCACUGGCGCUGCCACUGGUGCUGCCACUGGUGCUGCUACGUCGGGUGCUGCUCACCCUAGCUCUACUGUCUAUAACACUGGCACCGACAACUACAACACUCGUGGUACCGGCACUGACAAUUAUAACACUCGUGGCACUGGCACCGACAACUACAACACUCGUGGUACCGGCACUGACAACUAUAACACUCGUGGCACCGGCACCGACAACUAUAAUACUCGUGGCACCGACACCGACAACUAUAAUACUCAUGGCACCGGCACCGACAACUACACCAACGCUCGUGGCACUGGCACUGAUAACUACAACACUCGUAACACCGGCACCGAUAACUACACCAACGCUCGUGACCAGACUCCCGAAGUCUCUUCCGUGGGAGGAACAGGUGUUGGCUCUAACGCCGCAACCGGCACUUCUACAGGUGCUGCCACCUCGGGUGCUGCUGACCCCAGCUCCACCGUUCGUGGCACCGGCACUGGUGACGCCGCCAAUGUCCGCGGCACUACUGUCGACCCUAACGUAUGGGGCGGUGCCAUUGACCCAGCCACGGGCAACUCGGCCGGCCUCCGGGGUAGCGUCGAAACGGGCGCGCGCGGUCUGAAGGACCAAGUUGUGGGUGCUGCCCGCAAGUAUGGCAACCUGUCGCAAUUUUAA